AUGGGGAGAAAUCCAAAGAAGAAUGCAAGCAAACGUUCCAUGGAAGAAACCGUUACCAAGAACAAUGAAGAGUUUCCUCGUGAGGUGAGUGGAAGAAGCAAGAAAAAGUUGACUGAGGACAAAUUCAGAAAUGAAGAUGUAGGGGAAUCUAGUAAGAUGAAUGAGAAUCUGGCGAAGAAAAAAUCAAGGAAAGAUGAUGGAAUGAAGGGAGGAAGUGAGAAAGAACUGAGAAGCUUUAAUUUCCGCAGAAACAAGAAUGAGAAACCGGUGAAGAAAAUGUCAGAGAAAAAUGAUGGAAUGAAUGGAGAAAGUGAGAAAGAAUUGAGAAGGAGAGAAAGAAACAUGAGGAAGAAAGAAAGAAGGAACAAGCCCCAGAAAUUGUGUUUCGAGAAAAAAUUCACAAAAGAGCCUCAGUGCUAUAGAAAGAAUAAAAAACCGUCUGGUGAUCAUAAGAGGGAGGAAGGAAGGAAAAGUUCAAAUGAUGCAAUGGACUUUUAUGGUUGA